CAGUCUGCAAACUCUGCAGGAACCUUUGGAGCCGUUUCCUGCUUUUAAUCAUCAGUUUUAAUGUUGAUCUGUAAACCAGCAGAGCUUUACUGGAAGCAGACAGGACAUCAAAUCUGGAUCCAACAAACCUGCAGUUUGGUACAAGGAAGGAGAUCAGAACCGGUGAUAUUCAGACGGAUGAAAACUUCAUGGACGUUCCUGGUUAAUGGAUCCACGGAGCAGUUCAUUCAUCUUUGUUGCGAUAUCAUCCAAACUGUACACAGGUUUUGCGCAGUUUUUAGCGCCUGUUUUUGGAACUGGUCAGAAUAAAGGGAACAAAAUUAGCACGUCCACAGAAUCGUUUUCAAAAAGUUUCAGAAGAGGUCAAAUUGGACCAAAUAAACCUGGACUUUAAGUUACUGAGCUUCAGUGCGCAGCUUUCAUUUAGGAGAGCUGGCAUCAGAUGCUUGAAGCUAAACAGAAAAACAACAGAACUGUGGAAAUCUGGAGCUUCUAGAUGAUGUUUGAGGAGUGGUGUGUAAACAUCAGGUCAGGACUGCGUGGGAACGUAUUUUUAAAGAAACCAUCAUGGUGUGAAGACUUCUGUUAACAAACCACUGAUGCUUCCUGUCCCUGCCUGCUGCCGAAGCCUAAAGUUCCUCGUCCAUCCACCCGUUUUCUUCCCUGGAUCUCUAAUUUCUUCUCUUGACCAGUUAUGAAUCCCUAUGGAGAUGCUUCUGGAUUUUCAAGCACUCCGUAUUCAGCCUCCAAUCUUACUUAUUCCUUUGAUCCACCUAAGCCUCCAUUUAUCCAGACCAACCACAGCUCUCUGCCACCUUCUCCAGUCGUUCAUUUCCCAUCAGAUGAUCAUGUCCGAACAUCCAGCUCCACGUUGCCACUCCCAGCUUUCAGUCCCACAGCAUCAUCAACCAUAGAUAACCCCUACCCUCCUCCCACUGCCCUCCACUCCCAUCAGGUCUCCAUCCCAUCCCCGGACCUCCAGUCAUCUCCUCCCCAGACCGAGUGCUUCGAUGAAAACUCUCCAGAUCUGGAGUGCGCCAUCUGCUUUAGCCAGUUCAACAACAUCUUCCGUUGCCCCAAGAUGCUGAACUGCAAACACACCUUCUGCCUGGAGUGCCUGGCACGCAUGAACGUCAAGUCAUGUGAGCCCAGCGCCAUCCAGUGCCCGCUGUGCCGCGGCCUGACUCCACUGCCUCCCCUCGGCCUUCCCAAACUGGCCACAGACUCGGACGUGCUCUCCUACCUGCCGGCCGCCAUGCAGAGGGUCUACAGCAUCCGCUUUAUCCGCAACAAAGGGAAGCUGCAGGUCAAAAGGACCACCGAUGGUCCGGGGCGGCAGGGCCGCAGGUCGGUCACCUCUCUGAGGUCGGUGAACCGCUCUCUGGACGUGGGACUUCCCAGCCCGUCCUCAGGGGACGGCGGCAGGCAGUCCACGGGUAUUGGCGGUGCUCUGUUCCGGCUCACAGGCCGGCCGGGGUGCCGGGCCUUUCUCCUGACCUCUGUGGUCUUGAUGAUGGUCCUCCUGACAGGAGUCAUCAUCUUCCUGCUCACCCUGAGGCGCAACUGACUGCGAGUGACUUUACAUAACUUCCUGUCUGCCUUUUACAUCUGAUUGGAGGACAACACAUUAAACCCAUCAAGGAACUUCCUCCUUCUUCAUCAUGAAGUUCAGCUGAUCCAGAUUUGCAAGAACUCAGAAUCGUUGAUACAGAACUUUGAAGUUGCCGAUGCAGAAAGAUUUUUUAUUUAAAUUUUAAAUCAUAGAAACUAACGUGAGCUGGGAAGCGGUGGACCCUGAUCAUCUAGUAGAUGGUUGAUCAAAGUCAGUCUAGUUUCCUUCCAGCUGAAGCUAUAAAUAGCAAACAUUAAACCACUGAUCUGCUUCCACUUUAUCACUUCAGGAAUGUUUCAGGUUUGGAAGAUGUUUUUAGUUUCUUUACCUCGCUUCAAACGCAGCACUUUGUUCUUCAAGUUCUCCUACUGGUUGGUUCUGGCACCGGUUCCUUUUACAAAUGAAAACUCAGAGACAGACUGUUGUUUAUUGACUCUUUUAAUCAAAUGUUAAUGGAAAUCAUGCAAACGAGCUGAGCUCCAUCUGUUCUGUGACCUUCAGACAGAGGACCACAGAGAACCUGUGAACUGGUUCCUCUGUUCAGUCAAACUACUUAUUACCUCAACCUGCACAGAUGGGUCUCUCUCUGCAGAUCUGUGAUUUGCCUGCGUAUUAAAAAGCAUCAAUGCAUCUGUUCACAGAAAUGUUCCAGUGACCUUUAUGUCUGAGGUCAGUGGCGAAGCUGCAGGGAAAACGCUUCUCUUUUGGCUUCUAAAGUCUCCUCCUUCUUCUUAGUUUGGUUCUCUGACGUUUCUAACCUAGACAGGUUAGAAUGGUUUCAAUUGUUAAGAUGAACUCAGGGUUUGCACCCUGUGUGGUUUUCAGAGCGUUCAGACUGCUGCAGGGGUCUUGGAGAUGCAGGCUGAACCGGCCUGGUGCCAGAAUCAGAAAGCCCGUUUACAUUCUGUAUGUUGAACCCUGCUUGAUUCAGUUUCAUCUGACAUUAAAAUAGUCCCAAAUGAACAUCUGAGUCGAAGGGUUUCUAAAGUAACUGUUUUGAAUAUCAAAUGUGAUCUAAAAUCAGAAACCAGCUUCAUUGUUGGUUCUGAAUGGGGGUCUGUUCCACUCUGGAUCCUAAAACACUGUGUACUGUCCGUCCUGUUUUUAUCUUGUCUGAGGCUCCGGCCUGUCUUACUGUGCACUGGAAAAUAAUGUUUUAUGUAUUUAUGACUCUUAAAAUAACUUUCUUCUGUAUUAAAUCUAAAUAAAGUUCAGAAUGAAUGCUA